AUGAGCUCAAACAGAGUCAUCGUCGUCGGUGGAGGUCUUGCUGGUCUCUCUGCCGCUCACACGCUGCUCGAACGCGGCGCCUCUGUCCUUCUACUGGACAAGCAAGGAUUCAUGGGUGGAAACUCUACAAAGGCUACCAGUGGUAUCAACGGUGCUGGAACAAACUCUCAGCACACCCUUGGUGUUCAAGACUCUGCUCAAAUCUUCUUUGACGAUACCAAAAAGUCGGCAAAGGACUUGGCCAGAGACGACCUCAUCCGCGUCCUUACCGGCAACUCUGCCUCUGCCGUUCACUGGCUCCAGAACAAGUUUUCACUCGACUUGUCAAAAGUCUCUCGUCUCGGUGGUCACUCCCAGCCCCGAACGCACAGAGGUGGUGCCCAGUUCCCUGGAAUGGUCAUCACCUAUGCCCAGCUUGAGCGUCUCGAAGACUUGGCAAUUGAGAUUCCAGACCGCGUCCAGAUUCUCAAAAAGGCAACAGUCACAAAGCUCAUCAAGGAUGGAGACGUUGUCGUCGGUGUCGAAUUUGACUACGAAGGUCAGACCCGCAAAGAAUAUGGUCCCGUCAUUCUCGCAACAGGAGGAUAUGCCGCCGACUUUACCUCGUCGAGUCUGCUUAAAAAGUACCGACCCGAGCUUUGGGAGCUCCCGACGACCAAUGGCGAGCACUCGACAGGAGACGGCCACAAGAUGGCAAUCGAAGUCGGAGCCGCGGCAAUUGACAUGGAAAAGGUCCAAGUCCACCCUACCGGUCUCGUAGAUCCCAAGGACCCCGAGGCAAAGGUCAAGUUCCUGGCCGCGGAAGCACUCCGUGGAGUCGGUGGUCUCCUUCUCGACGCAGAGGGUCAACGCUUUGCCGACGAACUGGGAACGCGUGACUAUGUGACUGGCAAGAUUUGGGAUCUCGCCAAGGCCCCAGGAGGCGCAAAGAAAAAGUAUCCCGUCCGACUUUUGCUCAACGGCGAGGCGAGCAAGGAGAUUGAAUGGCACUGCAAGCACUACGUCGGCCGUGGCCUGAUGAAGAGGUUUGAGUCUGGCGAAGAGGUUGCAAAAGAAAUGGGCCUCGAUCCCAAGGUCCUCAAGGCUACAUUCGACAAGUACAACGAGGGAGCGCGAGCGAAAAACGACCCAUUCGGAAAGAGGUUCUUCCACGGCGGCGAAUGGAAAAUGAACGAUUUCUUCCAUGUGGCUCUCAUGACCCCCGUUUUGCACUACACCAUGGGUGGUCUCGAGAUUGAUCCCGAGUCGCGCGUCAUCGGCACAGACGGUACUCCAAUCCCCGGUCUCUUUGCGGCCGGUGAGGUCGGUGGUGGUGUCCACGGUGCCAACCGGCUAGGAGGAUCGAGUUUGUUGGGUUGCGUCGUCUUUGGUCGCGUCGCUGGCGACUCUGCUGCCGCCUAUCUCCUUCAAAACUCUGGCUCUUCUUCUUCCAAGGCCGCAUCGCGUCUUGGUGCCGUCGCAGGACACCUCUUGGAGACCAAGAUUAUCGUCGACCCACAGGGCUCCAAAGUCAACCUCGAGUUUUCGUGGAAAGGCGAAGAGGGCUCGUCAAAGCCCGCUGCUGCUCCUACAUCGCAAAAGCCUGCUGCUGCUGCUCCAAGCAAGAGCGGUGCAGGUGAUGCAUCCGGCCACAACCCAGAAGCCAAGGGUGCUGCACCACCAGCGGCCAAAGCCGAGGAGAAGAAGGAGAGUGCUGGCGGAGCUCAAGGUGGUGAAUAUACGCUCGAGGAAGUUGCCAAGCACAAUACAAAGGAUGACUGCUGGGUAAUUGUGGAUGGCAAGGUGCUCGACGUGACAAAGUUCUUGCCCGACCACCCUGGAGGAGAAAAGGCGAUCCUCCUCUAUGCUGGUCGUGAUGCCACUGAAGAGUUCAACAUGCUCCAUGACCCCAAGGUUAUCCCCCGCUAUGCGCCCGAGGCGACGAUUGGUGUCCUGAAGAAGUAG